AUGCGCAAGCAUACCACUCCUCGUCGACCAAAGAGGCAGACUGCCCUUGCAUCUCGAAGUCCAAGUGGUGUUCUUCGGAAUCAGCACACCCGUCGAGAGUUCAUUCGGCAGCAGAUGUCCGAGGGCAGACCAGAUCCAUACCGGUCAUGGUGCGGUGAUCCCUCAUGUAAGAAAGACGGACGGGUCUUUAUGAUGCCCUACUCAUACCCCGUGAACGACGAGAUAUGCAAGAACGGGCUUCCCGUCGAAGACUACUUUCACGACCUCGCCAAAGCCAUGGCGAUCAUGCUCUUCCCUGGGCUAAAGAGCGCCGAGGAAAAGACCCGCAAAUUCUUCGAGAUCUUGUCAUUCAUAGAUUCGCCAAUUAUUCGAUCCCAAGCUUCGAGAGUAAUGGGUGGGAUUACAUGGCUGAGUAUGAAAUUCACCGACAGGCAAUUCGAGGUGGCUCUCAUCCGCGCCCGGCCAGUGUUCCUAGACCUCAUGUUUGGUGUCAAGACGGCGGAAAGGGUCGAAAAGAUACACAGCUACGUAACCGCCAAAGCGUCGCAGUACAAGGGAUGGACUCUCCACGACUUUAUCCUCCGAUUCCUCAUCUCGGCCGAGGUCUGGCGAGUGCACGAGACGCCCCGGAAGGAGGGCUGGGUCAUUGGGUCCCGCGAGGCCGUCGGUGAGUUCCUCUCGGCGGUCCUCCUCGGCUACCAUCAGCUAUUUGCACGGCGGUGUCUGGUUUUAACGGACGUCUGGCUGCAGAGAUGGGAUCAGAUCUGGCAAGAGUGGUUGGAAAAGUAUCCAGUCUCAAAGACUCUCAAGGAGGAUGACGAGAACGACUUUAAACUCAGGGAGAGGCAGGCUCUGACGGAGGAGGAUGUGCUCGAACAAGUAGGGUAUCUCGGAGGUAUUGGAAAGGCUGAUGGAACAUAUAAACCAAGAAGGAACAGACCAAAAGAGCCAGAUCAGACCUUCGGGGAUUCGCUGGUCGUCACCGACCCAACUACUAAUCCGCCCCUCACUGGCUUAUCUAUGGGAGAGCGGACGGGAUCCCGAGUUCUCCAGUGGGUAUGGUCGUAUGUACCAGAAGUGCCAUUGUUUAGACAUAUAAGGGCGGUCGGCCAGGGAAAUAGAACAAGCGUCUAG